CAGCUUUUCCUUACAUUUAGUCUAAGUUAUUCCCAAACAUCAAGAAUGAACCGUUAUGAUUCUCGUGUUUGUCUGUUGGAUGCUGAUGUCCUUGAAUUCGAAACAGUUCAGGGCAAUGACGGUGAUGUUGAUGCCGAGAGCUCUUCAUCUGGGUACGACUCCAGUGAUUACAGCUCUGACGAAGAAGUAAACCCCACCAACGUACCCAACGUCCCUUCCGGGUUCGCUUCCCUCCAUCCAGCCUCGACUCGCUCCAACCCCGUCCCACACAGUCACUGCGGGAACGCCAUGGUGUUCAGGAGUACAGGAGGACUCCAGGACAGCCUUGCACUCAUCUUGGAAAUGCCUGAUAUGUGUGACGUCACUUUUCUUGUGGGCAAGACAAAGGUUCCUGUUUAUGGCGUCAAAGCCAUUUUGGCAACGCGAAGCAGGUACGUCGUGUUCUUUAUUACACGAAAACAGUGUGACAAAGAUACUCAUAUUUUAUGAAUGAUUUACCGAAUG